AUGGACAGCAGUAUCUUCCCGCUGCCGGUCAUAAGAGGCUUGACCGACCGACUAUACGAUAAACGAAAAGCUGCUGCGCUGGAGAUUGAAAAGCUCGCUCGCGAAAAUGCAAAGUCUUCAGAACGAAUAACCCAAAUCAUAGACACUCUGGUGCAAGACUUCGUGUACUCCAACAACCCGAAUGCCAGGAACGGAGGUCUUAUCGGAUUGGCCGCUACGGCUAUAGCUCUAGGACCCGCCGUCGUUGCAUAUCUAGAUAUCAUUGUCGCUCCCGUCCUGUCCUGCUUCACCAACCAGGAUCCCCGAGUCCGAUAUUACGCAUGUGAGAGCAUGUACAAUAUUGCAAAGGUUGCAAAGGGUGAUAUCCUGCGUUAUUUCAACAGUGUGUUUGAUGGCAUGUGCAAGCUUGCCGCAGAUACCGAAAGUUCUGUCAAAAGCGGUGCAGAGCUGCUGGACAGACUAGUCAAAGACAUUGUGUCCGAGUUGUCGACCAAAUCAGUUGCACCAGAUCAAUCUCCUUUGAAUCCACCUGAAACAGAUGAAGCCAUUGAAGUGCCUGACUCACUACCACGAAACACCGCCUUCUCAUUGCCCUUAUUCAUUCCUUUACUCAGUGAACGCAUCUAUGCGCAAAAUUCGGCAGCUCGUCAGUUUUUAGUGUCGUGGAUUUCGGUUUUAGACUCCAUUCCCGACCUUGAGCUCGUCUCCUUUUUGCCAGAGUUCCUGGAUGGCUUUUUGAACUUUCUGAAUGAUCCUAGUCAGGAUGUGAAGGUUUCAACCAACGUCUUGCUUGCUGACUUCAUGCGUGAGAUUAAGGCCGCUGCCCAUGCUGCAUCGCAAGAGAAAGCCGACAUGGCCAAUCAAAUCACUGAACCACAAAACACUGACCAAAUCACACCUGGCGAGGAAAGAAAGCUUAAUGACGACAGAGAAUCAGACACUUCGGCUCUUGUGCCUACCACUAGUGACCGACAAAUCGCCGACAACGACACCCUUCAAACCUCAGCGUCAGAUAACUUUGAAGCUCCUAUUUCUGAAAGCGAAGGCGUAGGAAAGGGAACCUACGUUCCUGGACAAGGCGUUAUCGUAAAGUACGCCAAUAUUAUCCAAAUAUUGAUACCCCAUUUAUCUGACCAAGAGGAAGACAUCCAAAACAUUGCACUGCUAUGGAUCAACGAGUUUAUCGGUAUUGCUCCGGACAUUGUCAUGGAGUUUACGCCUCAAAUCAUCACCUCAGUGCUGCCCUUAUUGGCUCAUGAAGGCUUAUCUAUCAAAAACAUGGCCAUCGAAACCAACCGCAAUUUACAAAAGCUUGUCUUGCAAAACCCAUUCUCGAAAGCAAGAGUUGAUGAUCCCAGUUCGAAUUCACAAGUGGAUCCCUUUGACUACCAGAAAACAGUCAGCGAACUUCGACUACAGUUUUUGAAUGAAAACGAGGAAACCAGAGUUGCCAGUCUGGAGUGGUUAUUGAUGCUGCAUAAAAAGGCGCCUAGCAAGAUUCUUGCAUCGGACGACGGCACCUUCCCAGCACUACUCAAAACUCUUUCUGAUUCAUCCGAAGAGGUGGUUAGAAGAGAUUUGCAACUGCUAGCCCAGAUAUCCUUCCACUCGGAUCAUGAAUACUUUCGAGGUUUUAUGGUCAACCUACUAUCCCUUUUCAGUACCGAUCGACGACUACUGGAAACACGAGGAAGUCUAAUUAUUCGACAGUUAUGUGUGAGCUUGGAUGCUGAGAGGAUUUAUGGAACUUUGGCGGAUAUUCUCGAGAAGGACGAGGAUUUGGAGUUUGCUAGUAUCAUGGUGCAAAACUUGAACAUUAUCUUAAUUACCUCAUCUGAACUGGCCGAUUUGCGAAAGCGUCUCAAGAACCUUGAAACACGGGAUGGUCAACAGCUAUUUACGGUUCUAUAUCGAUCAUGGUGUCAUAGUGCUGUUGCAACAUUUUCACUAUGUCUACUAGCACAAGCAUAUGAGCACGCAGCCAAUAUGCUCCAAGUAUUUGCGGAACUUGAAAUAUCUGUAAAUAUGCUGAUACAAGUCGACAAACUAGUGCAGCUGUUAGAAUCUCCUGUAUUUACAUACUUGCGAUUACAGCUGUUGGAGCCUGAUAGAUACCCAUACCUGUUUAAAUGCCUUUACGGUAUUCUAAUGCUCUUACCACAGUCCAGUGCAUUCUCAACGCUUCGAAAUAGACUCAGUAGUGUGUCUUCCUUGGGCUUCUUGAAUGUUAUGCCAAAGAGUAUUCCUGAACCAGCCAAACGACAAGGUAGUAAAUCAGUACCUGGUAAACAAGAUGAACCUUCUAUCAAGUUCCAAGACUUGCUAUUCCACUUCAAGAAUGUUCAAGCUCGUCAUGAGAAGUUCAGGAGACAAGGUAAGUUACUUGAUAUGACUUGCUUCUCUAUAAAGAACGAAGUCUGA